AAGCCUUAACACAGGAAUGGAUUUUGGAGUUUCUGGGCGCUGAAGAAAUAGGGGGCCUUCCGCCUGCGGGCCUACAGAGUGGACCCCGUGGAGCCUCGCCAGACCAGGGACCUACCGCUGAAUAAAUCCAGUCCAGGGUGUGGCGACUCACUGGCUUCAUGGGUUCGCAGCAGCCGCCGGGGUCUCCGCUGUCUCGCGAGGAGGGUGAAGCGCCCCCGCCUGCUCCCGCUCCUGAGGGCCGGCGGAGAAGUCGCCGGGUACGCCUUCGCGGAUCCUGCCGUCACCGACCCAGCUUUCUGGGCCGCCGGGAGCUUGGCACGGGCGCCCCAGCCGGGACUGCGUCGGUAUCCUCCCAGAUAAUGGCAUCAGCUGCUAAGGAAUUUAAAAUGGACAACUUUUCACCUAAAGCUGGUACUAGCAAAUUGCAACAGACAGUACCAGCUGAUGCAUCUCCUGAUUCUAAGUGUCCUAUAUGUUUGGAUAGGUUUGAUAAUGUGUCUUACUUAGAUCGCUGUUUACAUAAGUUCUGUUUUCGCUGUGUACAGGAGUGGUCAAAAAACAAAGCUGAGUGUCCACUGUGUAAACAGCCCUUUGAUUCUAUUUUCCAUUCUGUGAGGGCAGAAGAUGACUUCAAGGAGUAUGUCCUAAGGCCUUCAUAUAAUGGUUCUUUUGCAACCCCUGAUGUUCCAAGAUUUCGCUAUCGUACAACUAUGACAAGGGAUCGAAGUGCUUCUGUUUAUUCACCUAAUAAUACCAUGAAUAGAAGAACAACAACUCCACCAGAUAGUGGAGUACUAUUUGAAGGUUUAGGCAUUUCAACAAGACCUAGAAAUGGUGAAGUUCCUCAACUUAUGAGACAGAUUGCAAUUAGGAGGCCAACUGCAGAUGAAAGAUCUUUGCGGAAAAUUCAGGAACAGGAUAUUAUUAAUUUUAGACGAACUCUCUACCGUGCUGGUGCCCGUGUUAGAAAUAUUGAAGAUGGUGGCCGCUGCAGGGAUAUUUCAGCUGAAUUUUUCCGUAGAAAUCCAGCUUGCCUUCACAGAUUAGUUCCCUGGUUAAAACGUGAACUUACAGUUCUUUUUGGAGCUCAUGGAUCUUUAGUGAAUAUUGUCCAGCACAUCAUCAUGAGUAAUGUCACUCGCUAUGACUUGGAAAGUCGGGAAUUUGUGUCUGACUUAAGACCCUUUCUGCUUAAUCGGACUGAGCAUUUUAUACAUGAAUUUAUCAGUUUUGCACGAUCUCCUUUUAACAUGGCAGCUUUUGACCAGCAUGCUAAUUAUGAUUGCCCUGCUCCUUCAUAUGAAGAAGGUAGCCAUUCUGAUUCUUCAGUCAUAACAAUAUCUCCUGAUGAAGCUGAGACUCAAGAGCUGGAUAUCAAUGUGACCACUGUUAGUCAGGCACCGUGGGAUGAUGAAACUCCAGGACCAUCUUACUCAAGCUCAGAGCAGGUGCAUGCUGCCAUGUCUUCCCUUUUAAAUACUUCUGAUAGUUCAGAUGAAGAACUUGUAACAGGAAGAGCCACAUCUCAGAUACAAGGAGUACAAACUAAUGAAGACCUAAAUAAUGACAGUGAUUCUUCUUCAGAUAAUUGUGUCAUUGUUGGGUUUGUUAAACCACUAGCUGAGAGGACCCCAGAACUUGUCGAACUAUCCUCUGAUUCUGAGGAGUUAGGGUCUUAUGAAAAAAUGGAGACUGUGAAGACACAAGAACAGUCUUACAGUUCUGGUGAUAGUGAUGUUAGUAGAUGUUCAUCUCCACACUCUGUCCUUGGAAAGGAUGAGCAAAUAAAUAAAGGUCAUUGUGGUUCUGGUAAAAGAAUCAAGUCAAAGAAGGAAGAGAAACACUCUACAUCCUUGUCAUCUCCCAGAGACCUGAGCUCAUCUGUCAGAGGAGACAGAGUAUAUUCCCCAUAUAACCGUAGACACAGGAGGAGGGGAAGAUCAAGAAGUUCAGAUUCACGUUCCCAGAGCAGAAGUGGGCAUGACCAGAAAAAUCGUAGAAAGCAUCAUGGGAAGAAAAGGAUGAAAAGCAAAAGAUCUAGAAGCAGGGAGAGUAGCAGACCUAGAGGUAGAAGAGACAAAAAGAGAUCAAGAACUAGAGAUAGCAGUUGGUCAAGAAGAAGCCAAACUCUUUCUCUCAGUAGUGAGAGCACAAGCAGAUCAAGAUCUCGUAGCAGUGAUCAUGGUAAAAGAAGAUCACGGAGCAGAAAUAGAGAUCGUUAUUAUUUAAGAAAUAAUUAUGGAAGCAGAUACAAGUGGGAGUAUACUUACUAUAGUAGAAACAAGGACAGGGAUGGCUAUGAAUCAUCUUACAGGAGGAGGACUCUGUCCAGAGCUCAUUAUUCCAGACAAUCCUCAAGUCCAGAAUUUAGAAUUCAGUCCUUUUCUGAAAGAACAAAUGCUAGGAAAAAAAAUAAUCACAGUGAAAGGAAGUAUUACUACUAUGAACGGCACAGAUCAAGGAGCCUAUCCAGUAAUAGAUCAAAGACUGCAUCUACAGGGCCUGACUGGGUAAGAAAUGAAAAGCCUGGAGGGAAACGAAAAUACAAGACACGGCAUUUGGAGGGUACUAACGAAGUGGCUCAACCUUCUCGUGAAUUUGCUUCUAAAGUAAAGGAAAGUCAUUACCAAAAAUCUUCAUCAAAAUUUGAUGGCAGCCACAAAAAUGAGAGUGACAGCUUUUCAGACAGCCGGUCAUCAGACAGAGAGACAAAACAUAAGAGGAAAAAAAGGAGGACCCGGAGCCUAAGUGUAGAGAUAGUUUAUGAAGGGAAAGCUACUGAUUCAACUAGACAUCAUAAAAAGAAAAAGAAGAAGCACAAGAAGAAGCAUAAGAAACAUCACGGGGACAAUCCUUCACGUUCGCCAGUUGUAAUUACCAUUGACAGUGAUAGUGAUAAGGAUUCUGAAGUAAAGGAGGAUACAGAAUGUGACAAUAGUGGUCCUCAGGACUGUCUACAAAAUGAGUUUUUGCCUCCUCCCUUGGAACCAUUUGAAGCUAAAGAUGUAGUUACAAUAGAAGAUGAAUUUGGCAUCCUAGACAAGGAGUGUAAUAUUACCACACUUAAUAACAACUUGAAUAAUGCCAACAAAACUGUGGAUAAUAUUCCACACCAGCCAGCUUCAGUUGAACAAACUCUUGAUGUAAGAGAAGAGAGUACUUUUGCCUCUGAUUUGGAGAGUCAGCCCAGUAACGUGUCUAUUCAAACUGAGCCAUCAAGGCAGUUGCCAUCUCCACGGACAUCAUUAAUGUCAGUGUCACUUGGUAGAGACCGUGAUAUGUCUUAAAACUCCCAAAGCAUCUCAUUGAGAAUUCUGAUGGUAUUAAAAAAAAAAAAAAAAAAAAAAAAAAAAAAAA